AUGUCCACUACGAGCGCGAUGCAUGCAACCGGUACUCAGUCGGACCGACGGGCAGCCAUGCUGGAGGCACUGGCAGGGCUGAACGACCAGCCUAGUCAGGCUCCGCACGAAUAUGAGCUGCCUGCGAUGGACCCAUCGGCAGCGCUGCAAACGUGCAGUGCGGCUGUUCUUACCUCUAUGGCAUAUGCCAAAGUCGCUUCUGGACGAACGCGUCGAAGCUCGCAACUCUUGCAGGAUGCAGUUCGCCUGAGCAGCGGAUCCAACUUUCUCCUCCAACGCGCGCUUGCAGCCUCGAGUGCACCAAACCUUGAAGAAGCUCACAGCAUCAGCUUCAGGAGCGCCGUGCAAGCGGGCAGGCAAUACUUUGACACAACACUGCCGCCCGUGCCCUGCUGGUGA